AUGGUCACGUACAGCAUCACAGUCCAGAACCAGUCUGGUUCUCAGCAGCAGUAUGUCCUCUUCAACAAGCCACCAGUGGUUACUGGCAGAGUCCAGGGCCAAAUUUGGUCCAACGUCUUUGCGACUGGAAACACCCCCAGAGGCUCCCGGACGAACUUUACAUUCUCCGGCCAGUACUCUGCUGUUGUUGCAACUUCCCAGGGCAGCCCUUCAUCGGGUGUUCAGGUCAACGUGAGCGGCGAAAAAGAUGUCACCCUCGGUUCUGUCAAGAAUGACGGGACCGCCGUCCCAGGCAGCACUCUGCAGCUUAUUGUCGCUGGAGACGCACCGCAAUUCAGCAACAAUCCUCUUCCUAACAGCGCCUUCUCGAAUGCCUUUGAAAUCCAAACCGGCAAUGAUUUUACUUUUGCCCAAGCUAAGCAGGGAAACUACCUAAUCGGUCUUGGAGUUUCCAGGACUGGCAAUGGCCAGGAUGGACCUUUGGCUGCUUUCGUUCCCGAGCCCAGUGUACGAUACCAAAUUCAGCCUCUCAACACCUACUACUUGACAGUUGGCAGCUACCGCAAAGGAGAAUUUAUUGAUGUGAGCAUGAUCGGAGGCAGCAUUGUGGCUGUUGACUUCAAUAGGUUGCAGUCCAACGUGGUUAUCGUUCACGACGACCGUGGCAACCUUCAAAUCCAGGCCUAG